UAUUUGAAAGAUGGAGGUUCUUCCAGCGGAGCUUCAUCCUCACGUCGACGCCAUCGAUAUCGAAGAAGGUUUCCGCUGUUUUCUUCGUCAACAUUUAAUUCAAUGAUUUUCAUUGUCCAAUCUCUCUAAAUAAUCUGCCAUUUACUUGCAGACGGCACUCUAGCAGUCGCCUCCUCAGCGCUAACAGGUCGAAAAUGGAAUGGUUCGUUAUGGUUGUUCAAAGAUCGUGCUAAAGCGCCUGAUGUUAAUUACUGCAGUGCUGGGUGUUCUACUGAAUCAGGAACCACAGAUAUUAAAUGGAUCGAUUCCAGGAGAUUGGUCCUUGGAUGUGAUUCGGGGAAUGUUGACAUUUGGUGUCUUAGUGGGAGCUUUCAAAGCUUGGAAAACAUUGCAUCGUUGACGGAACAUGACAACUCAGUUUCGUCUGUUAGUGUGGAUUGCAUUAAGAGUAAAAUUGUUAGUGCUGGCUGGGAUAGAAGGUUUGUAAUAGUUUAAUGUUUUAUCUUUUUUUCUUUCGCUCGCUUGGGUCGUUUCCAUAGUGAAAAAAUUGUUAAAUUUAUUUAUAUGAGGAUCUCUUGAAGCUGAGAUGAAAAAACACAAAUGUAUGCAGAUCGAGGAGAAUGUAAUGAGGCUUCGUUGGAUACCAGCAUUUUUCCUCUCAGCAGUUUCAAGAUAUGCACAGAUCUUUUUCUCGCAGAUUUUCUUUAAAAGUCUUAAAAAAGCAACUGUCGAAAUCUGAAGUUAGUCGAGUUGUUUUCUGGUCUCUGUCUGGCCAUAAAGUGCUAAAGCUUCCCACAAAACCGUUCACAGGUCGUGCACUUCGCGGACUUCUGAUAAAUGCCAGAUGCAAAAUAUUAGCUUGCCAAGUUUAGGCAUGCACGGAAAGCAAAAUUUGGAGGCUUUUGGGUUUAAAAGUUAACUUUUUCUCUUCGCUUUCUCUUCUUCCCUCUUUCUCUUUUCUUGCCUCAGUUUUUUGAGCUUACUGGCUUAUAGCCAGUAGCUUUAUGCUUUUUGUCCGGCCUCCUUGACCGAAUCAUGGUCAUUCUGGUAUUGAAAUCACAAGUGGUAGAUGGGACAUGGAUCCUCAUGGGCAGUUACGGGCGGUCCAGGGGCAGAUGGGUUGAGACAAGAGGCUUUAUUUGAUUACCCUGAAUUUUUUCUGAAAUUAUGCAAGUAGAUUUUUUGGAAAAAAUUGCUGCUACCACAAAUGAAGACUGCUCAUCACCAAUCUUCACAUUCUUUGAAAGGCUUCUGGUCUAAAGGCUGUUCAAGGCAUAAGAUAGUGAAAUUUAUUGCAUACCCUUUUUAAGACUCAUAAGCCUGAAAACCGUGGUGUGUUUCAGCGAUGCCCCCUGUGUAUGAUCUGGUGAAAACAGAGUGCCAUUCUGUGUAUACAACUCUGUCACCUUAGAUCUUGUGAAAGUAGGUUGUUAGAGUCACAAGAAGAAGUGGAAAAACUAAACUCACUAGGAGUGGAAACAAACAUUGUUUAUCCUUCCCCUUUUGCUUUCAACUCUGAUAAUCUGUCAUAAGUGGAGUCAGAAGAAGAUGGAAACAUUCUGUUAUUGUGACUCCAAUUCCUUUGAGCUUUUGUUUUGCUUUGUUUUGUUUUUUUGUUCACCAGCUUUUCUGGACACAGGCCCGCCCAGAGGGAAUAGGCAUGAAUGACACUCCCAUGCGAGGAACCAUUCCUACCCAAUCCCACAACCGGUAUAGGUUGGCCACACCACCAGGGUCUAUGACCCCUUACACUUUUCAAACCAUGGUGUGGGUUCUUCAAGAACAGAUCAGUGAAAGUGCUGUGAGAUGGGACCUACGGCUUUUCAUCCUUAUCUGAGAAAACUAGAAAGUCUAACGAUUUGCAGAUAUCAUUACAAAGGCAGCACUUUCUUAGUUAUUUAAAGACCCUGAGUGUUGGUGAAGCCAGGGUUUUUGACUCUGCUUAUGACUCCGAUUCUUUUUUUUUUUCUACUGGGCUAUAAAAACUUUUACACCUCAAGUUACAACUCUAUCACUAGUGAAAUUAAGUCUUUUUUAAAAAUUACAUAUAUGGGAUUAUGGAGAAAUGUUUUGAAUGAAACAGCUAGGGUGGAAAUUCUCUCAAGGGUGUGAAUGAUGCCACUAUUUAUUUCAAUUUAUGGAUUAACCUUAAUCUUUUUUAUCCAAACUGUUCUCAAAUUCAAAAUGCACCCAUGUCUAGGAUGCUUUCAGUAUUGCUGAUCCUUACAGUAUCCAGGAAGCAUGACACAGCUUGCUACUGAGUUACCGGGUACCCAAAUAAAUGCUAGAGUUGUUCUUAGGCCAGUAUUCUAUUUCAAAUUUUGAUCUUAAAAACAGUUGAUUAGAAUGCAACUCCAGUGAUAUAAUAGCAGAGAACUUCAACUUAAUGCUCAUUGAUAAUUAUAAUUUUUAAAUGACUAUACGUUAUUCUUGACUUGUCCUUUCAGUAUCAAAGUAUGGGAUAUUGAACAAGAAAGAUGCAUAAAAUCUUACAGAGGUACAUGAUGUGUUGUUUACAUAGGUCUGCUAUUAAUACUCCAACUUCUGUUUCUUACUUGUUCUAACCCUGUAGAAAAAAGAACUCCUCUGUCGUCCCUGGAAGGAGCACUGAUCAUAACAGAAAGGCUUAGAAUUGAUGAAUAUUAUACAGCUGUAAGGUGUUUGUUACUUAAAAUGGUGUUAUCUAUUGAGCAAGAACAUGCCCUUGGAUGGGGUGGUAGCCUGCUAAGCUAGCAUUGAAUUGUGUUCAGUAUAGUAGUACUGUGAGUGUACUCCCACAUGUGGGCAUACCAAUGUAACUUCUCACCAGGGAAUAAUUUCAGGCAGCACUUCAAAUUUUCGAAGAUUUGAAGCCUCUUAUUAUUACUGCCAUUUGCAAUAAAACAUUCAUAUAAUCUUCAGAUAUUUUUCCAUGAGUUUAUCAGAUGAUGUGUUUUUUUUUAUGGUGUGCUGAUAUUUAAUUUUUAGGUCACAGUGACAUGGUAUGGAGCACUGCUUACAGCAGAACUCAACAAGAUUUGUUUGUGUCAGUGUCACAGGUUUGUCUCCAUCAAAACUAUUUUUCUUUCCUGAUCUUCGGAAAACAGUGGGCAACAUGUCACUCUAACACAUUGCAGUGACAAACCACUCCUUGUGAACAGGUUGAGCAACAAGUUGCAGCAACACAAUGAAGGGCCAAAUGGUGCUAUGUGUACUGGAGAAUUUUUGUAAAAUUCUUUAUUUUUGCAACAGAAUUCUUUUACUGUGACAAGUUGCAUGAGAUCAAAUUAGUUUGAAUUUAUGUGGGCUUUCACAGAGUGUUGCUGUAACAUGUUAAUGUGACUUGUCACCUAGUUUGUGCCUACCUUUAAAUUCUUCUUUUUCUCAGCUCUGCAGUGUCAUGUACAAACUGACCUUUUGUCAAGAAAAGGACUUUUUCAUAUAAGUGCACAGCCUUUCCUUUAUAAUGAAAUGUUCAUUACAGGGCUGUUCUUCACAUCCAUUCAUAUUCAGUAAUACUUUUUAAAUCAUGAAAACUGAGAAUUUUUUUUUCUGUAAUUGCAGGAUGGGCGGGUUAUUCUUUGGGAUACAAGAGCUCCGAAAAUUGCUUCCAAGUUGUCAGGUUAGUAUUAUACCAAAGUUAUACCAGUAUUAAGUUAACUAGUGAAAGUCAGAGAUUAUACAUAUAGGAGUGCAUUCAAUCGCCUCUUUUGAGUUCAAAAAUACAUCUGUGACAUGUUUUCUUUCAAAUAAUACUGUUUUCAUGUUAUUGUUUGUUCUAGGGCAGCUUUUUUGACAAUUUCUUGAUGUUGCAUAUGAUGCAACCCUGAUGACCACCAAAUGAAAAGCAACUGAUCAUUUUCAUACCAGAACUCCAUGAUUAACCAACCAACGAUACUUCUUGAACACCUAGAAAUACCCCUUUUAAACAUUUUUUCCCGUUUAGAUUCCACCCAGUACAACAGUAUUCCACGAUGUGUAGAUUGGAGUCCAUUAGACCAUAAUGUUCUUGCAAUUGGUAGGUGUUAAAAUAAUUGUCCCACCCUGGGACAAAAAGAGGUCGCUAACACGUGGUAACUGAAAAAUUGUUGUAGUGACUGUCAUUUGACCAGAUUGAGGUCAAAAAUAUGAUUUUUCUAGUUCUGACAAACCUGACAAUCACACUACUGAAGGAAAAGGAGAAUGAUUUGAAAAUAGAGAGAGAGAGGAGAACAGAAGAAGGAAAAGAAAAAACUGAGAAGGCAGUUGUCACAAUCUUAGAUAUUGGCUUUAUUAGAGAUGACUAUGAUGACAUUAACUGGUUGGAAAUGAGAAAAGAAGGACUUUUGGGGAGAAACAUUUUCAAAAACCCAGAGCUAUUGUAGAUGAUUCUCCAAAACAAGAUGGUCCAAAGCCAAAUGACAUGAAAUGAAGUUUGCUUGUCCAAAAUGGCAGUUUUGAAAGGCUGGCAGAAUUCUUUGGAAACAACUUAAGCUGGAUUGUUGAAAACGUGGCUGCCAAAAAUUGUAGCUGUUAAUAUAAAAUGCAAAAAAGCGAGUUUUUUACGUGUAAUAAGCCCGGAAAUCACCCCACAGAAGUAAAGUGAAAGGAAAAAUGGAGUGAGCGAGGAGAAGCGAAACAAGCAAUGCCCACACUCUUAGUUUUUACAAUAGCUAGUUUGGAGAAAUUAUUUAUGGACCAAGUUUGUUUGAAUGGCAUGCCAGAUGUCAAGGCUCUUAAAGCCAAAUUUGAACUUGAAAGCCAUUAUUGCCCUUCUACUUGGUGAGAGGUGCACAUAUAUAUAAAAUUAACUGUCUUUUGUGAAUUUUGAUUUUGGCUCUAAUGUGGGCAGUGAGAUAUUUGAGCUUAUAUUCUACCAGCAGUUCCCUUUGUAACUGUAUUUAUCAUUUAUGCUUCAGGUUUUGAAGAUGGUUCAGUCUGCCUUCAUAAAAUCCUUAAUGCUAGACAACCUGUUAUAGCUUACUGUCCCCAUGAACGAGCUGUGAACAAAUUAGCUUUCUCUCCUAGAAGGUAGGUGAACUUAUUUUACUUGAUUCUAAUUUCCCUCUUUCCUCAUACAUUAAGAAAGCAGGAAGUAAAACCUGUCAAUGCACACCGAGCCAAAGCUGUUCACCCCCACGCUUGAAACUUUAUAAUAUUAUUAUAUGGCUACAUUAGGAGGUACUCUCUGACUGGCUGUUUUCCUGUAAAGACUGGGCAUUACUAGCCAGGGCUGAGUUGCUCAAAGCAUGGUUAGCGUUAACCAUUGGUUAAGCAGUAUCAAAACCAAUACAUUGUCAAGGUAUUAAACGCUGGUUAACGCUAACCAUGCUUCGAGCAACUGGGCCCAGGUGUCCAAGGCAUUUAACAUGAUAGUGGACAUCCUUAUGCAAGCCCUAGGAUUUCAUGGUAACAAAAGUUUCUGUUACCGUGUUGUUACCAUGGUCUUAAAAUAAAAGAACCAAAAAAUAGUUUCUUAGUGCCAUUUUCAGCCUUAGGGAUCCAUUUACUUUUUCACACAGAUACUAUAUUAAACUUUUUAGGUCAAUUCUUUAGUUACAACUCAUAUACGAAACUGAAAUGUUUCACAUCUGUCAGUUCCAUCUUGAAUCAUUCCCAAAUAGUAUUAUACUUUAAUGGUUUAUGGCUUCCAGGGCCAAGAAAAAAAUAUAUGACUUUGAAAAAUUAAAAACAUUUACAGGAUGGGUUCCCAUGAGUUUUCACGGAACCAGAACAAAAUGUUACUGAUCGUUUCCUGUGAUCUCUGGGCACAGAACCAAAAAAUUGUUUUCCUUGGGAAAUGAAAUCCUAAGGCUUGCUUAUGGACAUCCAUGGUAUGGUCGAUUGACAGCUGUCAAAAAGGGUAUCUGCUGAUCAGUGUCACCUGACUGUAUCGUGGGCUCAAAUGUACAAUUCAUUGAGGUGACGUGGGUUUUUUUAAGUCAUCCACUGAUCAGUUGGUUUUAAUUGAUCGCAGGCUCAGGUCCAUAAUGAAAAGGCAAUGUAAUAAAUAACUUAUUAAUUUCAUCCAUUUGGUCAUCACUUCGGCCUUGGCGUAUUGACCUUGCUAUCGUUAGGUCAAUACAUCAAGGCGUCGGUCCCAGAUUUCCUGUAUUGACUUCACUUUAGGUUAAUAAGUGGUAUGUAGUAGAGGUGUCUGUGUACUACUCAAUGACCACUUCCCCCCUAACGUGAUUAUAGUCCAUAGGAGGAUCCCCUCCCCCCAGCCCCUGAAAGGACGACAAUGUGGAGGAAAGUUUCUCUCACUGCUAAUGAAAAACAAUGCGAUGACAGCCGAGCCAAGGAAAAAGAAGCUGGCCAACCUCAAGAUUCGGAAGUCUAACCUGUUAACUACUCAACCAUAAGGAACAAAGGAAAAAUGUUAAUUUAAUGUGAUCACAUGUAUUGCAAAUAAUUAUUGCAAAUAGCCACACGUAAAUUAUAUUGUAGGAGAGGGGAACAAAGGCUCAAGGCUAAAGAUAUUCUAUUUGUGAUAAACUUUUAUGCAGUUGUUUAUUGAUGUUACUUUAAUUAACUAAAAGCUCCUUCUUCCUUUCAUAAAUAUAUAGCCCUGAUUGGCUUGCGUCUGUAUCAGACGAUAUGUGGGUUCAUGUACAGGAUUGCAUUCAUAAUACAACUGUGUAAGUAUUAAUACAGCAGACUGAACACAUCUCACGUAACUCUGAAUAUGACAGACUUACAUUAACUCAACGCAGUCUUCUUAGAACAUGACCAUUUUUUGUUUCAGUUUGAGAUUUAAUCUGGCAUUAAAAACUUCUGUAACAAGCUAUGCAUGUACAGUGUAAGCGACUGUAGGAAGUACGAGGUCGACUGAGCCGAAAGUGCGAAACUUUUCUGAUACAACACCAUCCAACAUUGUUGGACCCACAGUAACAGCCCUUCACUCUUACCUUCACAGUCUCAGAAGUGAUGAGCACACAGAGGUGGUACGGGGCCUGGCCUGGAGCCCAGUAGAUGACACUUUGUACACAAGUGGCUGGGGACAGCAGAUAUUUAGCCACGCCUUUGACAAUGGCGAACCAUCAGACCUUAAUGUCGAAACCAGCAAAUCACAAGCUACUUCGGUCUGUAUGGACAUUUUCAACGGCGAUGUUAACGGUAAUGGAAUGUCUCAAGAUGAGGAAAAUGGCGUUGAAACAAUGGAGGUAGAAGGGCCAGAACAGAUUCAAAAGACUUUACCCUCUAAAGUGGAAACAGAUAGCGCCAUUGUGACUGCUGCCAGCUAGCACCUAACUUAUUGUGCAUAAAUUCCAAUGCUAUAAUAAUAACAUGGAAAACUCUUUCAACGCGAAGGCGCAAAGGGCAAAAAAAGAGAUGAGGAGAGAACUCAUUCGAGCCCCUGGAAGGGUUUGCUACUCUUUUUUGAAUGAUUUUUGUUCUUCUCUAAGUGUUUACUCUCGCGAGCUAAAGCCCCUACUAUAUUGAGGAACAAACACUAACAUGGAAAAUACUGCCCAAAAGCUUUCAUUUCAGCGACCUAGUUUCUCUUGACAUAGUCACCAAAACAGUUUGACGCUGUGGAUGAAAAUCCCGGUGCCAGGAGUGCUUAGUUCACUGAUUUGUUUGCUAGUUCCAUGUUAUCGGGUUGCGAUCAUCUGCUCGAAACAAACUUUGCCCUUCGACUUCUCUGUGGGAAAGGAGAUUGUUGUAUCCGUGUGGCAUCACAGGCCGCCCAAGCUCAUGUCACUGGAGUAGAGAACAUGGCAAAAAUAUAAGACUCUGUAUGGGGAAAUUUGUGAUAUGCUCAAUACUAUAAAAUUCUCAAUAAAAAUAACUUACUAGGCCCCUCAUACGUGAGAGGAAAGGGAUUAGCAUUUUGUCAGAUCUCCUCUUCGGAAAUGCUAAUGUCAGAGGGUUUGCCUCCCGUUUUUAACUCAGCAAAGCUACAUGUAAAUGCGAGGAGCGCAAUGGGUUCAUAUAUGUGUAUCGCCCAAUCAUUUUGGGCCUACAAAAUUGGCCUUCUCCCGGUCGCUAUUAAAG